UUCCUGUACUUUCCAAUGCCUAAGAAUAGCAAGGUGGUAAAAAGAGAAUUGGACGAUGAGGUUAUUGAGUCUGUCAAAGACCUUCUUUCCAAUGAAGACUCAGCUGAUGAUGCCUUUAAGAAGAGUGAACUAAUUGUUGAUGUCCAAGACAAAGAUACAGAUGUUGAAGAAGGAUCUGAAGUUGAAGAUGAAAGACCAGCUUGGAACAAUAAGCUACAAUACAUCCUGGCUCAAGUUGGAUUUUCCGUAGGUUUAGGGAAUGUGUGGCGAUUCCCAUACUUAUGUCAGAAGAAUGGGGGUGGUGCAUAUCUUUUACCAUAUUUAAUACUACUUCUGGUAAUAGGUAUUCCCCUUUUUUUCCUGGAACUUUCUGUGGGUCAAAGAAUUCGGCGAGGCAGUAUUGGUGUAUGGAAUUACAUAAGCCCUAAACUGGGCGGGAUUGGAUUUGCAAGUUGCGUAGUGUGCUAUUUUGUGGCCCUCUACUACAACGUCAUUAUUGGCUGGAGUUUGUUUUAUUUUUCUCAGUCUUUUCAGCAACCUUUACCUUGGGAUCAGUGUCCUUUGGUGAAAAAUGCUUCACACACCUAUGUAGAGCCAGAAUGUGAAAAAAGUUCUGCCACCACCUAUUACUGGUACAGAGAAGCACUGAAUAUUUCCAGUUCCAUUUCUGAAAGUGGGGGCUUAAACUGGAAGAUGACUGUCUGUUUGCUGGCUGCGUGGGUCAUGGUUUGCUUGGCUAUGAUCAAAGGAAUUCAGUCUUCUGGAAAAAUUAUGUAUUUUAGUUCUCUGUUUCCAUAUGUGGUACUUAUAUGCUUCCUAAUCAGAGCAUUCCUUUUAAAUGGUUCACUUGAUGGCAUCCGCCAUAUGUUUACCCCUAAGCUUGAAAUGAUGCUGGAGCCCAAGGUGUGGAGAGAAGCUGCUACCCAGGUGUUCUUUGCCUUAGGUCUGGGCUUUGGUGGUGUCAUUGCCUUUUCAAGCUACAACAAGAGAGACAACAACUGCCACUUUGAUGCUGUCUUGGUGUCCUUUAUCAAUUUUUUCACUUCUGUCCUGGCGACAUUGGUGGUAUUUGCAGUUCUAGGAUUCAAAGCAAACGUCAUAAAUGAGAAAUGCAUUGCACAAAAUUCGGAGAUGAUCAUAAAAUUUUUGAAAAUGGGAAAUAUUAGUCAGGAUAUUAUUCCUCAUCAUAUCAACCUUUCAGCUGUUACUGCAGAAGAUUAUCAUUUAGUUUAUGACAUCAUUCAAAAAGUGAAAGAAGAAGAGUUUCCUGUUCUUCAUCUUAAUUCCUGUCAAGUUGAAGAUGAGCUAGAUAAAGCUGUUCAGGGGACUGGUUUAGCUUUCAUUGCCUUUACAGAAGCGAUGACACAUUUCCCUGCAUCUCCCUUCUGGUCAGUGAUGUUUUUCCUCAUGCUGAUAAAUCUAGGGCUUGGCAGCAUGUUCGGAACCAUUGAAGGGAUCAUUACUCCUAUUGUGGACACUUUCAAAGUGAGGAAAGAGAUUCUUACUGUUAUAUGUUGUCUUCUGGCAUUUUCUAUUGGUCUGAUAUUUGUGCAGCGCUCUGGAAAUUACUUCGUUACCAUGUUUGACGAUUAUUCUGCUACACUGCCUCUGUUAAUUGUAGUCAUUUUGGAGAAUAUUGCUGUAUGCUUUGUUUAUGGCAUAGAUAAGUUUAUGGAAGAUCUAAAAGACAUGCUGGGUUUUGCUCCCAGCAGAUAUUACUACUAUAUGUGGAAAUAUAUUUCUCCUCUAAUGCUAUUAUCAUUGCUAAUAGCUAGCAUUGUGAAUAUGGGAUUAAGUCCUCCUGGUUAUAAUGCAUGGAUUGAAGAUAAGGCAUCCGAAGAAUUUCUGAGCUAUCCAACGUGGGGAAUGGUUGUCUGUAUUUCUCUGAUGGUCUUUGCGAUCCUUCCCGUCCCGAUAGUCUUCGUUGUUCGUCGCUGCAACCUCAUAGAUGACAGUUCUGGUAAUUUAGCAUCUGUGACCUACAAGAGAGGAAGGGUCCUGAAAGAGCCUGUAAACUUAGAGGGAGAUGAUGCAAGCCUUAUUCAUGGAAAGAUAUCAAGUGAGAUGUCAUCUCCAAAUUUCGGUAAAAAUAUUUAUCGAAAACAGAGUGGAUCACCAACUUUCGAUACUGCUCCCAAUGGACGGUACGGAAUAGGGUACUUGAUGGCAGAUAUGCCAGAUAUGCCAGAAUCUGAUUUGUAGCUGGGAGAAAAAAUCA